AUGGAAAUGUUUACUCAUACUGAAAUGUUCGGAGAUUCAAACAGCACAGACACACAGCUAAUGCGAACAAAAGUGAAACCGGGCAUCACGAACAUGCACUCAAUAACCAUGCCAUGCCAGCAAUUUCCAACUAUGCCCGUCACAAAAGUUGCCAAAGAAUUAGGCAGGAAAAAAAAUUGGAAAAACAAAGAAAAUUAUCAGACCAUGGCUGCCGAAGACAAAGAAAGGUAUGAAUUGGAGAAAACCUCAAUCAUCUCCGCAUUAGAUUCAAUAGUUGCAUUUGAUGGUUUUCAAGCUAAAAAGCAAUAA